AUGCUAGAAUCAGUGAUAAAAGUCUGUUUGUUUAUUUUGUCUUGUGUCUCUCAUCAGGUGUCUUCCAUGGGUGACAGGGGAACAAGCAAUCACUCAGAAACGACUGACUUCAUUCUUGUAGGCUUCAGGGUCCGCACUGAACUCUGUAUCUUUAUUUUUCUGGUAUUUUUACUCAUAUAUGCCAUGAUCAUUUUAGGGAAUGUUGGGAUGAUGGCGAUUAUUAUAACUGAUACCCGGCUGAACACACCGAUGUAUUUUUUCCUAGGCAACCUCUCCUUUAUUGAUCUCUUCUAUUCAUCUGUUAUUGCACCCAAAGCCAUGACCAGCUUCUGGUCCCAGACCAAGUCUAUCUCUUUUGCAGGCUGUGUAGCCCAGUUCUUUCUCUUCACGCUCUUCAUUGUGACUGAGGGGUUUCUCUUGGCUGCCAUGGCCUAUGACCGCUUUGUUGCCAUCUGUAACCCACUCCUCUAUUCUGUUCAGAUGUCAACGCGUCUCUGCACUCAGCUGGUGGUUGGCUCCUAUUUUUGUGGUUGCAUCAGCUCAGUUCUUCAAUCCAGCAUGACAUUUACUUUAUCUUUUUGUACUUUUCGGGCUGUUGAUCAUUUUUACUGUGAUACUCGUCCACUACAAAGAUUAUCUUGUUCUGACAUUUCUAUUCACAAAAUAGUAUCUUUUGCAUUAUCCAGCAUCAUUAUCUUGCCUACUAUCGCAGUGAUUAUUGUUUCAUACAUGUACAUUGUGUCCACAGUUUUAAAGAUACGCUCCACAGAAGGACGUAAGAAAGCCUUUUCCACGUGUGGCUCUCACCUUGGAGUCGUGAGUGUGCUAUAUGGUGGUGGCUUUUUUAUGUAUCUCACACCAGACAGAUUUCCUGAACUCAGUAAAGUGGCCUCUUUAUGCUAUUCUCUAAUCACACCGAUGCUGAACCCUUUGAUUUAUUCUUUGAGAAACAAGGAUGUCAAAGAGGCUCUAAAAAAACUUCUAAAGAAGAAACAUGCUAUUUUCUGUUAA